AUGUCUGCAUCCCACCCAACUGGUGAAAUUAAAGAUUACUUUUACCGGGUGGAGUUUCAGCAGCGUGGCUCUCCACAUGUGCAUUGUCUAUUUUGGAUAGAGAAUGCACCGUUGAUAGAUAAGAACACGGACACAGAGGUCAUAGAAUUCAUUGAUCAAUACGUGACGUGUAAGUUACCCUCAGAAGAUGAGGAGUUAUUGGAGAUCGUUAAGUCAGUUCAGCAGCAUUCCAAGCGACAUUCCAAGUCAUGUAAAAAGAACAAGACAGUUUGCCGUUUCAAUUUUCCAAAGCCUGCAUCUAUGCAGACUUUUAUAUCUUGCGAAGAGAAGUGUGUGUGUCAUGUAGGCAAAAAGGAUAAGCUGGUGUCAUGUACUUGUCUAAUGCGUAAAGACAGAGCAGCAGAGAUUCUGACUAAAGUGAAGAAUGCAUUGGCAGAUGAGAAGAGUAGCUUUGACAGUUUGGAGAGUUUGUUCCAUAGUGGAGGUGUAACUCAAGGUCUCUUUGAGAAGGCUUAUAAAUGCUGUAGUAAAGAAACCCAUGUGGUGUUGAAAAGGGACAUCAAUGAGGUUUGGGUUAAUCAGUAUAAUAAGUCGUUGAAAUGCUGGAAUGCUAAUUUAGACAUUCAUUAUGUGGUUGAUGCGUAUGCAUGUGUAGUGUACAUUAUUUCAUAUAUUUCUAAGGCAGAAAGGGAGAUUGGACUGUUGUUAGGGAAUGCUCAGAGGGAGGCAGCUAAGGACAAAAAUAUUAGUGCAAGAUAUGCGUUGAAAAACCUAGGCUCUGUAUAUUUGCACAACCGUGACGUGUGUGCACAAGAAGCUGUUUAUAGAUUGACCAGUAGUAUGCAUUUAAAGGAAUGUUCACGUAAAGUAGUUUUUGUUCCAACAAGCGACAACAUAGUUAGAAUGAGUCUGCCUUUAAAUGUCUUAAAAGAAAAGGCAUCAUCAGAAGGCUUUAGCAGCGACCACAUAUGGAUGAAUAACAUAGUGGAUCGCUAUAAGAAUAGGCCAGAUGAUAGCAAUUUUAGUGACAUGUGUAUGGCAGUAUUUGCAUCAGAAUAUUGUAUUCUGAGCAAAAAUGAGAAAUCCCAAACACGGGUAACAUUAAAGAAUAAAUGUGGUUUUGUGAUGAAAAGAACACGAACCAAACCAGCGGUUGUGCGUUACAUGCGCUUUUCAGAAACCAAGAAGCCUGAAGCUUUUUAUCAAAGCAAUCUGCAGCUGUUUAAUCCAUACCGUGUCGACGCAGAGCUCAAACUUCCAAGCUGUGAAACUUUUGAACAGUUUUACAAAAAUGGUAAUGUGAGGUUUAGCGAUGGAUCCACACAUUCAGUCAAGUCUGUUGUGGAUGACAAUAGAAGUAAAUUUGAAAUACAAGCAGAGGAGUUGGAUAAUAUUCAGAAUGCAGUGGAUAUUAACAAUAUCGAUGAAGAUGCCUGGUGCCAGUUGUGUCCAGAGCAAAAUGUAGAAUGUUUAGAGUGUGAAGAAGAAUGUAAGGCCAAAGGCCAGGCAGUGGAAGACCAUGUGGAAAAUAUUCCCGACCUGGCAGUGAUUGGCAGUGAGAUAGCCCAUUUGGAGAAGCGUAACAACAUAAUGUGCAGAAGUAAUGGACUGGCUUUGAUUAGAUCUCUGAAUGAGAUGCGGCUGGCUAUUUUUAAUCAGAUACGCCAGUGGUGUUUAGAUAAGAUAGCAGGAAAAAGGCCAGAUCCACUGCACUUGUUUCUUACUGGAGGUGCAGGUACAGGUAAGAGUCAUUUAAUUAAGGCUAUUCAAUAUGAGGCCAUGAGGUUGUUGUCAGCGACGUGUCGUCAUCCUGACAACACUUGUGUUUGUUGA